UACCUAAUUCAAUUUCCAUCUUUGUACGUACCAGCGUACCUACAUACCUACCUACAUAGGUACGUGUACCUUACAUACGUAGUAGGUAACAUGUAGUGACAAGGUUCACUGUUUGACGAUUAACGAUUCCGACCCCAUCCCCAUCCCCAACCCCUGGUCCUUCGUAAAUCUCAGAAUCUCAGCCACUGGACCAACCACCAAUUGCAUGUCUUUCGAGACUUGUUUGAAACGCCUAUUUGUAACAAAGUCUGCCGCAGAUUACGGCCAUCACAGCCCAUCAAAGCUCAUCAAAGCUCAUCAAAAGCCAUCACAGGAUUACCUUACCACUGUUACUAUCUGACCAGCUCGCCAGCAUAAUCGAUAAUAAUAACCUUGUCUAAUGCUGCGCAUUCUACCGCCGCUGAAUUUCCCUUCGUUUUUCCCCCCUUCUUUAUUUUUCGAUUCUACGUCGUCGUUUUAUAUACUUUUUUUUAACCCUAUUGAAAUUUCUCGUCAUACCUUGAUACCCCUGGAGGAAGAAGAUAAAAUAGGAAAACAAAGACACAAUGUUCGGAAAGACACGUAUUCCGCCUUAUAACCCGUCGGCGAACGACAUAGUACGCCGUCAGUAUGUCGAGGAGAAUGGUCGUUAUGUCUGGUUUUGGUAUACUCGGACAGGCGUAAUUGUCAAAUGGUCGCUGUUCCUAGGUAUCCUCCUGCUGCUGAUGCUGUACCUCGUUUUCGGCCGCAUGCAUGCUAGGAAGCGCAUUAGGGCAGGUAUGAAGCCAAUGGCCUACCACGGCUGGCUUCUUUCCCGUCAAGAGAGAGGCGCCGUCGACCCCCAAUAUGCUUGGCCACAAGCCUCGUACACGCCAUACCAACAGGGACCGGGUUAUGGAGCCUCUGGCUACGGCAUGCACCCUAUUCCUCCCCCCGUCUAUGACCCUAACAACCGACCCCCAAUGUACGAAGGAGGCUCUAAGAUCGACCCAGUCCAGACCGGCGUAGAGCCGACGCGACAACCUGCUGGUAAUGACUAUGCUCCACCUCCUGGUCCCCCACCUUUUGCUGCGCAGAGAUAGGUUGUUUGGUUGAUUAGGAAUGAAUGAGGGCACGGGCAGGUUUAUCACUUAAUGCCCGAAUACGUAUAGGGAAAAGUAUUGUGUGUGGAGGACUCGCCAAAAUCCAUGCCCAAGCUUGCACAGUACGUAGCAAGAAAAUAAGCAUUGAAUAUGACAGAUGACUUGUAC